AUGCACUCCCGCAUCCGCCCCCACAGUUACGUCGUGCUGCGCCUGCCUUCAGGCCUGCUCAAGGUCCUCGAAAUCGUCCCCAACACCACCGUCUCCAUUGGGAAAUUCGGUUCUUUUCCUGCAAACCAGUUGCUCGGCCGGCCCUUCAACGUAACAUACGAAAUUCUCGACCGCGAGGAUGGCAAAGACCAGACCGAACUGCGCAUAGUACCUGCCGCCGAGUUGCACGAGGAGGUCAUAAAAUCCGAGGAAGCUCCUCCAACUGAAGGCACACCCGAUCCGACUCCAGACGGCGAUGCGGGCGAACCUGGCGGAGUCGAGUUCGACAUCGUGGGCGAGGAUGGCGAGGUCCUGAUGCGCAGCAACCGUCUGACAGUCGACGACCCCACUCGUCAAACCUUGUCUAUGGAAGAGAUCGAGGAGCUCAAGAAGGCCGGUACAGGCUCCGGGAAGGAGAUUAUCGCAAAGAUCAUGGCGGCACACAAGGCCCUUGACGAGAAAACAUCGUUUUCGCUGGCCAAGUACACACUGCGGAAAUCGAAGAAGUAUCUCAAGCGCUUCACCGUCCUACCUAUGGAUGCCUCGAUGCUCGGCGAAGUCAUGAUUGAACGUGAGGGCCACCGGGUCAUGGACAUUAGAGAGGAAUCGCAAGGCUUGAUCGGUGCCUGGGCAAAUAUACAUUACGGAGGAGCGUGCGAGUUGCAUCCGAGUGACACCCAAGAGGGUGCAUUUGUUGGAGGAGGGCGCUGGCUCGUGGUGGACGACACGGGAGGCCUGGUUGUGGCGUCUCUUGCUGAGAAGAUGGGCGUUCUCUAUCCGCCCGAAGAAGAAGAUUUUGACGACAGCUCGGAGGAGGAUGGCGAUCAGCCGGAAGAUGAGGAAAUGCACGACGCCCCGGCCACGGAGAAUCAGCAAGAGGCUCAGACGGGAGAGCAACAAUCAACAACUGGUGAAGGUGUUGAUGAGAGCGCAGAAAAGCCAAAACCACUCCCUGCGCGCUCGAAUCCAAAAAUCAUCCCGGCUCAGUCCGCGCCAGUCAACAGCCUCACUCUUCUCCACGCUCACGCUCAACCAAACGUAGCCCUCCUGAAAUACUUCGGAUAUGACGCCGCAUCACCCACACAGUCUCCCACUCAUCCUCUCUACACGCACCUAAAGACACUCUCUUGGCUCCAGCUCAUCAACCCGGAAGAAGACGUCGGCUACGCAGAACCUGAAUCCGUCUCUCCGGAAGUCCUUGCCACAUGGAAAUCUGGCAAGCGCGGCACUUAUUGGCGCAAGCGGCGCCGGUGGGAGCGCGUCAGGCGCGUGGUUGACGAGACCCGUGCCGGAGGCUUUGACGGAUUGAUUGUCGCUUCAUUCAUGGAGCCUGCCACCAUCCUUAAGCACACCGUUCCUCUUCUGCGCGGUGGCGCUCAGCUAGUCGUUUACAGCCCGACCAUCGAACCGGUCACUGAGCUUAUGGAUCUGUACUCGCGCGAGCGCAAGACUGCAUUUAUCAAUCGUACCAUCAAUGUCAAGCCUGGAACCAAGCCUUUCGAUCCCGACACUGCGACAGAGGAGGAACGCAAAGAGUUCGAGGAUGACUUUCCGCUUAACCCUACGCUCUUGCUUGCCCCGAUGUUGCAGACGUCUAGAGUAAGAGCUUGGCAAGUUCUACCUGGCCGCACACAUCCACUCAUGACGAGUAAAGGUGGCCCGGAGGGCUUCAUCUUCUCCGCGACGAAGGUCAUGCCCGCAGCUGGCAGAGUGGAGGCGAGAGGAAAGUUUACGAAAAAGAAGAGAGUGGCUGUGGAAGACGAAGGACAGAAGGAAGCCAAGAAGGCCAAAGUCGAAGGGGAAGACCAACAAACAACUGAGAUUACAGAUACGGCAUAG